AGGGAAGAUGUCCGGGCGCGGGAAGCAGGGCGGGAAGGCGCGCGCCAAGGCCAAGUCGCGCUCGUCGCGGGCCGGGCUGCAGUUCCCCGUGGGCCGCGUGCACCGCCUGCUGCGCAAGGGCAACUACGCGGAGCGCGUGGGCGCCGGCGCGCCCGUGUACCUGGCGGCCGUGCUGGAGUACCUGACGGCCGAGAUCCUGGAGCUGGCGGGCAACGCCGCCCGCGACAACAAGAAGACGCGCAUCAUCCCCCGCCACCUGCAGCUCGCCAUCCGCAACGACGAGGAGCUCAACAAGCUGCUGGGCAAGGUGACGAUCGCGCAGGGCGGCGUGCUGCCCAACAUCCAGGCCGUGCUGCUGCCCAAGAAGACUGACAGCCACAAGGCUAAAGCCAAGUAAACCUCAAAGGUAGCACAUUUGCUUUUCUGGAAAAACUCAAAGGCUCUUUUCAGAGCCACCCACACGGUCCUAAGAGAGCUGGGCUAUCCAAAAGAGAGUGAAGAGCAUUUUGUAGUAACGAGUCAACCCAUGUUCAAACUUUUUUUAUUUUUGGUUGGAUAUAGUUGCAGUGUUUUCCCUAUUUCCAUUAUCAAAGUCGUGCCAUAACGUACUCCUAGUUAGGCAAGUCCUUUCAUGGUAUGGGAUAGUAUGCAUUUAGUUCUUAUGUCGGAGAACAUACGGACACCAUCUGUUGAGAGGUCCUGUCCCUCCCCCCUUCUUCGCCUCUUUCUUCUCCGAGUGGCUGAUACAGUUGCAGAGAUAGGAGGAGUAAUUGUUUCCGGGAAAGGGAGGGGGAAGGGCAGCGGGCAGGGAUUUCCGCUGGCCAAUCCUUGGGCAGGGCGGGCUUUUUCAAUACUCAAAGCUCCUUCUUUCUCAUCGGGAACAAAAGGAUUGUGAGAGAUCAGCGCUAUUUUUUGUGUCAGUAAAGAAACACUCGACCCUCCUCCUCCCAAGCAGACAAAGGCAUUUAUGGAGCUAUUUUAAGAGCAAUAAUUCAAUAGAUUAGACAUGGCUCAGUAGUAGCGUUCCUGACAAUUGCAUUAUUUUGUUACAAAAUAUAACUUUAAAAACACAUACAUCCGAUUUUUUUUUU